AUGGCUCUCCUGGAAGAAGGGAACCACACUGCAGUGACAGAGUUCAUUCUAUUGGGCCUGACAGAUGACCCAGUCCUUAGAGUCAUCCUCUUCACCAUCAUCCUCUGCAUCUACCUGGUGACCGUGUCUGGGAACCUCAGCACCAUCCUUCUCAUCAGAGUUUCUUCCCAGCUCCAUCACCCCAUGUACUUUUUUCUCAGUCACUUGGCCUCUGCUGACAUAGGCUACUCAUCUUCUGUCACACCCAAUAUGCUUGUCGGCUUCCUGGUGGAGAGAAAUACCAUCUCCUACUUUGGAUGUGCCAUCCAACUGGGCUCAGCUGUUUUCUUUGGGACAGUUGAAUGUUUCCUUCUGGCUGCCAUGGCUUAUGAUCGUUUUAUAGCAAUCUGUAACCCACUGCUUUAUUCAACCAAAAUGUCCACACAAGUUUGUGUCCAGUUGCUUGUAGUAUCCUAUGUUGGUGGUUUUCUUAAUUCUUCCUCCUUCACUAUGUCCUUUUUUUCUUUUCUCUUCUGUGGACCAAACAGGAUCAAUCACUUUUUCUGUGAUUUUACUCCUGUAGUUGAACUCUCCUGUUCUGAUAACAGCAUCCUUCUAGUUCUAGAUUCAUUUUCUGCUGGUUCUAUUAUUUUGAUCACAGUGUUUGUCAUAGCCGUCUCCUACAUCUACAUCCUCAUCACCAUCCUGAAGAUGCGCUCCUCUGAGGGCCGCCAGAAGGCCUUCUCCACCUGCACCUCCCACCUCACUGCAGUCACUCUGUUCUAUGGGACCACCACAUUCAUCUAUGUGAUGCCCAAGUCCAGCUACUCCACAGACCAGAACAAGGUGAUAUCUGUGUUCUACAUGGUGGUGAUCCCCAUGUUGAACCCCCUCAUCUACAGCCUAAGAAAUAAUGAGAUCAAGAGUGCUCUGAAGAGACAACUUGGUAGGAAACCCUUUUCUUAG